AGAGUUAAAGUAUGUAAAACAAUAGAAUUAGAUUAGAGUUGAGAUGUAUGAGAGUGUAGCCUUUAUACUGAGAGAUGUGUCGCUCCAGUGCGGUUAUAAAAACUCUGAUUUUCCUCACAUUUUCUCUUCAUCUUUCAUCAGCAGUCACACACUCUCUGCAGUACUGCUACACGGCAGUUACACCAGGAAUACAUUUCCCAGAAUUCACUGCUGUGGGUCAGGUGGAUGGACAGCAGUUUGAGCUCUAUGACAGUAACAUCAAGAAGGCGAUCCCAAAGACAGAGUGGAUACUGAAGGUCACUGAUGAUCAUCCAGAGUUCUGGAACAGACACACACAGAUUUAUCAGAAUUGGCAGGAGAUAUUCAAAACUGGUCUGAAUAUGGGGAUGAAGCACUUUAAUCACAGUACAGGUGUUUACACGGCACAGCUGAUGUUCGGCUGUGAGCUCGAUGAGGACGGCACCACUAGAGGACACGCGCAGUUAGAAUAUGAUGGAGAAGAUUUUCUCAGUCUGGAUCUAAAAACUAAAACCUGGAUUCCAGCGAAACAUGGAGCUGAGAUGAACAAACAUAUUUGGAAUUAUGUUAAUGAGACUACUAAGAACUGGAACGACUAUGUGAGCACCACCUGUAUCGACCGGAUAAAUAUGUAUGUGUCUUACGGUGCAGGGACUCUGGAGAGGAAAGUUAAUCCUGAGGUGUCGGUGUUCCAGAAACGUUCUGCUUCUCCAGAUGUGGUGUGUCACACUACAGGUUUCUUCCCCAAACCACUUAAUAUUACCUGGCAGAAGGACAGAGAGAAUGUGCAUGAGGACGUGGAGCUCAGAGAGACGUUACCCAACCAGGAUGGAAGCUUCCAGAGGAGAAGCAUUCUGAAAGUCCCAGCUGAGGAGCUGCAGAAACACAACUACACCUGCGUGGUUCAGCACAGCAGCUUGGAGAAGGAGUUAGUGCGAGAAGUACCAAAAGGUGGAGGAUCGAUUGCUAUCAUCACUGCUGUAGUCGCGGCUCUCGCUGCUCUCGUCGCCGUUGUUGCUGGAAUUAUAAUCUGGAAGAAGAAGAACUCUGGCUUUACACCUGUUCCACCCAAACCCUCCUCUGAAGGAGAUUCUUCAACCAACAACUCUUAAAGUCUGACUGUGUGUCUUCCUAUUGAACUGAGAAGGAGAAGAGGAUUGAUGCACACACAAACACACACUGUGCUUGGACUAAAGUGUAAAAAUUAACUCCCCAAGUUCAUGGUUUUUAAUCACCACUCAGGUGAAUUAAUUUUGUCCUAUUUUGGACACGUAACUCAGUAAUUUGUUACUAAUGUGAAUAAAGGUAAUACCCUUUAAAUAUACAGGGCUCCAAUCAGGAAAGAAGUUAUUGAAGCAAAGCUAUUACUUGUUUAUGACCUUGCUAUGACCUUAUUUGAAGAUCAAAAGCUAAUCAGUUUAUCAAUUUUUUUUUAUAAGCAUUUUAUACAGUUGGGUCCAUAAGUAUUUGGACAGAGACACAAUAUUCCUAUUUAAAGUAUGUUCCUUUACACAACCAACAACUGAACUUGAAUUAAAGCAGUCAGUAUGUGAUAUGUUUUGUUCCAUUAUCCAUCUGUACUGUGAAGCUCAGUUCAGUUUCACUGGCAGUCAUACACAAGCAUGCCACAACACUGCCUCCACUGUGUCCGAUGAUGUUGUGGUACAAUAUUGAUGUACUGUAUGAGAAAUGUCUGUCUUUUCUGUUCCUAGUGUUUCCAGUGGUUUGCAUCAUUAGGUGACAUCUCAGUAACACCAUAACACAUCUGUAUUUACUGUACACUCAUCAAGGUGUAAAUUAUCUCUUGAUUGUAGACGCUGAUACUCGUGCCUGCUCCAGAGGUUUCUUGCCAUGGCUACUGUAGAUGUAACCUUGUGAAUGGGUUUUUCUUCGCCAAGAAAAGACCUCUGCGAUUAUCCACUUUAGUUGUAUUUUGUCUUCCAGGCCUUUUGGUGUUACUGAGCUCACUGAUGCUUACUGUAUCACUUCUUUUAAAGAAUGUUUCAAAGUGUUUAUUACUGAGUGUUAUCAAGAUCAGCUACAAAAUGGAAAAUGGUUUAUAGAUACUCUCAUAUCUGUUUAUUUUAUCUCAUAUUUUUUGUACUUUGAUAAUUUUGUUCAGCAACUGUAAAAGUGUCAUGUUAUUUGCAUAAAUUUUUGGAAUGUGUUGUUUUAGUCUUUUUAGUCAUAAAUCAGGGAGUUGAAAAACUUGUACAGUGAAACUGAUACCAUGAAUCUUACUGGCUGUGUUUGUUACUGUAUAAGUGGAGCAGUAUAUGAUGUAUCUAAGCUUUACAGAUUACUGUGAAAGAGUGGCUACUGUACAUUGUGUGAUGUUUAAAUUGCUCUGCCUGCUUUAUAUUUAUAAUGACAAACUUCCAGUAAGUGAGUAGAGUAAUAGAACCUAGUCGAGAUAAAUGUGAUUCAAUACUGGAUGAAUUUUGUAAUUUUA